GCAUAAACAGAUCAACGCCUACAUUAUCGUCGACACUGCUUAGGCCCGCCCACCGGUCUUGCCGUUAGAGUAGAGCGGUGAGAUUAUUUUUGGAGAAACAGGAGGUGUUACGAUGGCCACGAAGAUAUCAAGAUACUGUGCAGUGCCAGGUUGUGGGAAACUAGAUUUCUUGCAUUUGCUUCGCAAGGAUACCAAUAUUAAGAAAGAAUGGCUGACGUUUAUUUUUAAUGAAGUCCUGGAUCACGUCGGUAAGAAUAUGUUUGUUUGCUUGCUUCAUUUUACCGAUGAUUCUUUCACAAACAAGACACAGUUCAAAGCAGGCUUUGCAGAGAGACUUAAGUUAAAAGCUGAUGCAGUGCCAACUAUAUUGGACCCGACAGGGAUGUCGCAACAAACAAGUGUGGUGUGAUGGCUGCCCAGGUGGAGGUUGAUGCUAGGCGGUCAAGCGUGGUUGGGGGUCGGCUGCACCUCAGCCCUCUCAUAGACUCUAGCAACAAGAGCUUGUUGGAGGCUUCUGGUGGACCCCAGGGAACCCUUAUUAUACCCUCAGAACCUUGCAAGCCUAUCCCUGGUCCCAAGCCCAGACUUACCCCAAAACCUUUUGCUGUGGAGAAAAAUCCUACUAUACGACCCAUUCUAGCUCCUAAACCACAGCCAAAACCUAGAUCUGAAUCCACUCGGCCAGCCUCCUACAAGCCAGACCCACCCAGCACAUCUAAACCGCAGCCACCAGGUAAACCAAUCACAAAUCAAAAUCGGCCUGCAUCCACUGCCUUUAAAACAAGCCCUAAGCCCAGUACAGGUCAAACAAACAAACCAGUGGCACAGUCCUUCAAAACAGCAUCUACCAUUGCCUCCAAAGAUUCCAACAAAUCUACAACGUCCCAAACUAGGGAUGUACUGCGAAGAACAAGUUUUGGAGUCACUCCAGCUAGACCCAGGAUUGAUGUUCAUGCCUCCACUCCAGGUGUGGAAUGGCCUUUUGCUUCACGGAAUAAACAACUUGGAACUUCAAUUACUCGUGCUAAAUCAACGGGCUUCCUAGCAGAGGUUGGACUGAAUUAUGAGGAUAGUAAAGAGGAUACUGGUGCCAAGGAGGACUCUUCUCCUACUGUUUUUCGGCCCCAAUCUAAAGGUUUAAAACCCAGACCAGUGUCAGCUGUGUUUCUCUCAAAUCCCUCUCAGUCUGAGCCUCAGGUGGAAACCCCUUCACCUGCCCCUCGUUGGGCAGAAAGGCGACCACUUUCCUCUGACCUUACCUCAAAGUUUGCAUCAAUUGGGCUGUCCCUACACCGGCGACCUGCUAAAGAGGACAGCAAAGAAAACACUACAGAAACACCAGAGGGUGUUGGUGCUGUGACUCAAAGGGAAAAAGAAAAUGGUGCUGAAAAGGCAGAAGGGCUGAAUAAGCCCCCUGAGAAAAUGAGUCAAAAGAUGGAGUCAAAUGAUGAGGACUCUAAACCUGAGGAUAAAGGAGGAGGUAGUAUAAAGAGGCGCAUCAGCCUGCUCUUGGACUCCUCUUCCUUGCCCUUCUCAGUGGCACAUGUGGAUACUCAAGUGACUGAGCCUCGUUCACCAUUGUUGUCAGUCUCUGACACUGACGGAGCUGUGGGGGUGAAACAGCGAAUCAAAGAACUGACCGAAGAAAUACCUACUACACCAUCACCGCCCCAGAAACCACAAUUUAAGCCACACAACCUAGUGCCUGACCGUAUUAUAAGAGUCGAGGUAGAGCACGACAGCCUUAUUUCCAGUGAGUCCAAAGAUUCCGAGGAGGUUGAGGACGAUCUCAGCAAAAAGUUCGAAGGACAGUUCAACAAACAGGAGGACUGGAAGACAUCAUCCCUGGGUGUUAAGGACUUGCCUGCCCACUCCACUUUUGAUAGAGUGCAAACGGUACGAGCUGCUAUGUUUGAACAUGUGGUGGAGAGGCAUAGUGUUCAAGUGAUGGAGGAUAGUGCCUCUCAAGGCCGAGGAACACAGCAGGAAAGCACAGUUAAACCCAUGCCCAGACGGAACCACUAUUUGGAUAUUCGGGACAACACCUUUAAAGCUCUGGAAGUUUCUGAUCCUGGUAGUUUGGUCAAAGCAACCUAUAGAGGGCAAUUUUCUCCUUCCAGUCCUGUACGUGUGGAGCAUGUCUUUGACACUGUGGCUUUGUUUGGAGAAAGCCGUGCUGUUAGUGAAAUUUUACCAACUGCACAGCUUGAGGACAGAGCACUCACUCUGCGUUCACAGCGAUCAGCUCCUAAAGGGGAAGUGAAUAGCCCUUCUCCCAAAAUGAUUAACUUGAUAAAGGAUGAAGAGAGUACAUCUGCUGCCUCUCCGAUGGAGCCAGGCAUUCCUUGUUACCUCAGAGUGGGGGCUUUACAGAAAUGGACCGUCACAGAGGUUGACCAAGAGAAGGAAGCUGAGAGGGAACGACAGAGAGAGAUGGUGAGAAAGAUGGAAGAAGAAAUACAAAGGCAGAUGGAAUUGCACAUGUCUGCGGCAGCAGCAUUGGAGGAAGAGGAAGAAGAGAGCGAAGCAGAAUUGAAGAAACAGAUAGAAGCACAAAGAGAGAGGGAGAGGGAACUAGAGGACGGUGCAGCACCCAAGCGGCCUAAGAUGCUUGACUCUGAAGAGCAAAUGAACAAACCUAGAGCCACAUACUUUGCUCUGACUGGUCAGAUUCAAGAGCCUGUGCACCAAAGUGAGAGAUUGGAUGAGGCUGUGAUUUUUGAGCGAGGUAAACGAAGAAUCAUGGAUGGAGAGGACAGAAGAAUAAAGGAGUUGCCAUUUGAUGAAUUCUCUGUUAGCACAAGGCAGUGGAGUCCUCAAGAUCCAAUAGCUCCAUUCAAAAGAAAUCCUUCAUUAGAUGCUGCCAUGCAGAGUGAUUUGCAAGAAGAACUACAUAUAAAUGACACUGGACAGAGGAUAGAUCACAGAUUGCAAGAAAGGGAACAAAAGAAAGCAAUCAGGGAGGAGAUGGAAAUAGUGAGACAAAGACUAGAGGAUGAAAAAAUGAAAGAAUUGGAAAGGCAGUGUGAAAUGAAGAAACAGCGAGACUUGGAGAUCAAGAAACAAAAGGAAAUUGAGAGAGAGAAGAGAAAAGAAAUGGAGAUACUGAAAGAAAGACAGAAGCAGUUGGAAAGACAAAGAGACCAAGAGAGAGAGAGACAGAGAGAGCUGGAGAGACAAAGAGAAAUUGAAAGACAGAAGCAAAGAGAAAAGGAACAACAGAAACAAAUAGAAUAUGAGAGAAUUAAGUCUGCAGAAAAAGAGCUUGAGAAGCAGAGAGAGUUUGAGAGGCAACGGCAAAAAGAGUUUGAGCGAGAGAAAGAGAGAAUGCUUGACCAGGAGAGGCUUAGGCUUAGGGAAUUUGAAAAACAGAAAGAGAUGGAGAAAGAGAGAGAGAGAGUGCUGGAGUUGGAGAGACAGAGAGAAGUUGAGAGACAAAAACAGAGAGAACUGGAAAGACAAAGAGAGAUGGAGAGGCAGAAAGAGUUAGAAAGACAGAGGAAAUUGGAGAGGCAACGAGAGCUGGAGAAACAGAAAGACCUGGAGAAGGAAAGACAGAGACUGUUGGAAAGGCAGAGAGAACUGGACGGGCAAAGGGAGCUUGAGAGGCAGCGAGACCUGGAGAGACAACAGGAGAUUGAAAGACAGAGGGAGUUGGAUAAGCAAAAAGAACUUGAAAGACAGAAACAAAGAGAGCUGGAAAUUGAGAGAUGGAAUCGUCAGAAACUAGAGAAGAGGGAGAACAGGAGAGAGCAGGAGGAACUUGAGAGGAUAAAGGAGCUUGAGAGAAGACAGCUUCUUGAUUUUGAGCUCCACAGACAGCGAGAAAGACAAAUCCAGCAAGAGCAAGCGAAACGAGGUAAGAAUAAAAAGGAACCGGAGGAGGAGAGACAUCAGCAGCCUGAACGAGAAAGAGGAGCAGAACGACAGCAAAUGGAGGCAGAGCAAGAGAAGAGAACACCUACGUCUCCACUUCGGCCCAAAGUUCUAGAUCUGGACGCUGUCUCUCUGGGUGUUUGGACUGGACGAGACAGCCACAAGAAUAGCCCCACAGCCCGAUGGAAACAGCCCUCACUUCAUAUUGAUGAGCCUUACAAACCAGCCAUCUUAGAUAUUGACUUGUUCAUGAGUCAGACACAACCCGAUACCUUCCCUUUAACAGGCUUUGGAGGUUUAGAGUCAGGAGGUGUUGGCUCAAUGAUGCAAGUUCGUUCACAUGCCAUACAGCAGAAUCGUCUCCAGCCCCACCCAGCACCUCAAGCUCAGUCUUCUUCUCCAGGAGAACGAGUGAGAACUCAACUCCCACCACCUCUGCAACCUCAAAUUCUGCACCAUGCCCAGCCUCACUCGCUGCCUCUUGCUACACAAAAAUCUAAACCACAAACUCACUCAUUGAUUGAGACCUCCGAUUUCGCCUUUGGGGCUCGGCAGCCCAGCUCAGCUUUGACUCAUACUCAAACUGAUGUUUGGAGACAGACUCAAGUAGAGUUGGCUGUAGAUGAGCCUCUUUGGGUGUCAGCCAUAGAGGGAUCCAGAAGGCCCAUUAGCACCAGACCCUCGAACUUUGAGCAACAGCUCUUGCAGCAAGAAGAAAGAGGAACCAUUUUGACGUCAAAUGCAACCUCUACCACAUCUCUCAUUUUUACUCCUGUACAGAAUCCCUCUCUUGCGCCACCUAUGGUUCCCAUUCAAAACCCAACGCUGGUUGUACCACCAAGUCUUGGACCUCCUGUAGCCCUUAUCCUGACCUCAGAAAGAGGCUGGACCUCAUUGCCUUUCAGUGGAGAGUCCAGUGUGGGUUUGUUCCCUUCUCCUGAAACACCAUUAGCUAAGAAAGAGUCUUCAGUACCCAGUAGUCAAGUAGCUACCUCCUCUGUCACUGAUUCUAUAUGGAGCCCAAACUGGGAGCUGGCAUCCCAGGGACAGAGAGAGAACCGUGCACCACACAGUGACAAAGGACAACAGAAACUGCGUUCAAGGAGUAUGUGUCGAAGGUCUGCCCCCACAGAAAGUUCUGCUGAUGCCCCACUUGUCCACGUGAGAACCCGCAGAAGUCGCAGUGCACACAGAGAAAGAGGUGGAGAGAGCUCAGAGCUGGUAAAGCAGUGUGUUAGUGGACAUGAGGAGAAUAAAGACACAGACAAUCUGGUGCAAGAGACAGACAGCCAGUAUGGCACAUGGGAGACGGGACUUCGCACAGAUGACAGCCUCACUCCAGCUACACCUCCAUCAGAGUGCAACCUCACCCCAAUUCCACAGAAACCCACUCCACUUCACACGUCAGAACAACCCCUUCUCAUUGACACACCCGAUGGCUCGACACCCUGUCCUCACGAGCAGAUGGACCUAGCCCCUUUCCCAGAGAUGCCCACUACACUAUUAGACUCUAGUGCACUACGGUCCAGGGUUCAGUUAAACAAGAAGACUCGCAGAGCCCUGCCCUCUCGAGCCGCCCGUCACAGUGCCCUCUUAUCACAAGUACCUGAGGGAAGUGGAGUAGGAACUGAUAAGUGGCGCUGCAGGGACUCGACAGUGGAGAAGGCUGAUUCUUUUAAGCAAGAGGAGGAAUCGGACUCUGAGGAGCAGGCCAAGGGAACCGAGAACAGUACCUCCUCUAUAUACUCUCAGCCUCAGAGGGUGGCUCUCUUUCCUGGCAUGGACCCUUCUGUCUUAAAGGCCCAGCUAAAGAAAAGAGGAGAGUCAGACAAUCAGACAGACAACCCCUCACCCUCUCAGUCCUCCCGCGCACCCAAAUCUCCAUUCUUGCCUCGAGCUGCUCGUGUGUUGCCCCCUGCUGGUGGCAAGGAGAAUCGAGAAGAGUCCUCACCUCAGUGGCUGCAAGAACUAAAGACUAAGAAACGAUUGAGUCAGUAUGAAACCGAUAGUACAGCCUGAGCAAGCAGGAUGCCUUAUAACUGCAGUAUCUGUAGCUGUAGCACGUGACAGAAGCCUUAACCUUUGACCUGGAGUUGACGGGAAUCUGCUGCUGCUGACUAAGUCAUUAAGUUUUUUUUGUUUUUGUUUCUUUGUCGAGUUGUGUACAUGUGCAUGGUGCCUUUCUAAAAGAUUUCUGGCUAACAAACAGGGCAAAGCAGAGAUCUCUGUGUGUAAGUGUGUCCAUGUGUAUGUGUUGGAUUAUUAAGUCUUAAGCCCUUUUUCAUAUGAGAUAAUUCUUUUUGCAUAGAGCCACUUUAACCUCUAGUGAGCAAGAGAUCAGAAUUUUGGUGGAACUGACAGUUGUAGGUUGGACCACACACACACACUGCAAAAAUGUUUUCUUAAUCAGUAAUUUUGUCUUCCAGUAAAAAUAUCUAAACAUCAUUGAAACAAUUUACAUUUCUCAUGAGAAGCAAAAGUGCAUAGGAAGUUGCAACUUGAUUUCAGAUAAUAUAUCUUUUUUUUUUUUUUUCAUUUAGUGAGCCUUAUGCUUAACAAAAUCUUACACAGUUUUGCACAAGUGAGUAUAUCUUGUCUUAAAGAUGUAUAGAUAUUUUUACUGGAAAACAAGACAAAAAAAAAAGAAAAAAACUAGAUAAGAAAAUUAUUUUCUUUGCAGUUCACCUACAGUAACCUGAAGUGCUUCAUAUAACUGUAGUAUGUGCCGGUUAUUGUUUUGGUUUAUUUUUAUACUUUAUCUUUUCAUGUAAGUACAGCUUUCAUUUGUUUUUUGUUUAAUUCCCAUUGUUUUUGUUCAGUUGAUACUUAUAGGCAUCAGUUGCACUGCAUUUUCAUAGUCAUCAUGAUUUAUUUCUCGACUGUUAUAGUCAACAAAUCAGUGUUGAGCUAGCUGUAAAACAGACUGUAUAGAAAGUGUAUUUAGUUAUGAAAAUUGUUAAUGCAAUCACAAUGUUAUAUUUGUAUUAAUGAUGGUUUGAAAGAGUCAUUGUCGUGGAAAAUGUUAUAUGUUUAAUAAUCAACAUGAACGAUCACACAAGUCUUGGACUCAGAUUGUUCUUCAUUUAAGAAGAACUGAAGUCCUAUGAGAGUAUGUGUGUUAUUUUGUGAAUGUAAGGUUAGGAUUGGAUUUUCCAGUUUGGAUGGACCACUGAAUGCAUGUAGUUUAUGAUUUGUCUCUACCCAUAGAUUCAGAUUUGGGGCUCUCCACAUUCAAAGGACUGUGUGCUGUUUCAGUCUAAUUGGAUGUCUGUUUCACAAUUUGUUUAGCUUUUGGUAUUCCAUUACGUUCUUGUUUGAAUGAGCAUGCCAUAAUAACAUCAUGAUUGAAAACAAUUCCAGCGCAUGUACAAUCAAUCAUUUCUAUUAUUUCACUUUAUAUUCUUAUUUUUCAUCCCAAGACUUUUCUUGCUUUAAUUAUGGGCCAAAAUUGAAUGGUAAAAAAUUGCACAAUCAAAAUGAAUCUGUCCUACUGACCAAUUCUCCUCUUCCCUACAAUGUCUGUAAUAAUGAAUGAAUAUGCAAAGGGAAAAUGUUUCAUUUGUGUCCCUCACUCUUAGUCACACACACAGUGUAUCUUGAAGCUUGUUCUGUUUUAUUUACUAGUUCAGGGGAAUUUUACUAUAAGUACUAUAAGCAUUGUUCAAAUGACACUGCACAUUUGUUGUCACCAUAUUUUUUUUCAAACGCAGGGCCAUGGUGCCACUUCCACCUAAAGUUCCUUCAACAAGCACUUUUCACCUGUUAACAAACAGCUGUGCUGACCAAUAGUCAAUCUUUUUAAUGCACGAGUCCUCACCUGUGAUGUCAAUGUUGUGAUGUUGGUAUGCUAAAGGUAUGCGAGUAAUGUGUCCUAUGGUUGUUUUAUUUUAUUUUUUCUAAUAUCGGCUUCUUUUCUGUCUGCCUAAAAUUGUUAUAGUCUGUUUAAGGGUAAUUUGUCCAUUUUAUUUUAAAUUUGACUGUAAAGAUGUUUAUUGCACUGUGUUGUAAACCAGUGUCCAAGACUGUAAAUUCAUAAUAAAAUUUACUAUAAAUUGAAAAAAAAAAAA